AUGCCUAACCAGGUGGCAGGCCCGCCUUCAGCAAACACCCCAACGAGAGGCGGGGGUGGGGUGGAAGGGGUUCUGCCCGCCUUUCAGGCUUGGGGGGAAUCAUUGACUGAGCUGAGGAAAAGUUACACCAAUGCUGACGGCCGCUGCCCCGGGCUUCUGACUCCUGAACAAAUGACGGCUGGCACCUACAAGCUCUUCUUUGACACGGAAGGUUAUUGGAAAAAGAUGGGACAAACCAGCUUCUACCCCUAUGUGGAGGUUGUUUUCACCAUCACAAACGAGGCCCACAAGCUCCACGUGCCCCUGCUGCUGAGUCCAUUCUCCUACACCACCUACAGAGGAAGCUAGACAGCCAAGAACCAGAGUGAGCCCGGAGACCCAGCUCGGUCCAGAGCCAUCCACUUCCUUGCCGAUGAGCCACUGAGAGCAGCCCCCCGACAGAGCAAUAAAUUCUGUGCUCAUCUCUCGGCA